CACGCCCCCCGCGGUGGGAUGGAGCCGGGCUUCAGCUGACGCGGCGCUUCACGUGACGCUCUUGCCGGCUGAACAUGGCGUCUUCCGCGCGCCCUUCCUUUUCCUUGGGGAAUGAGACCUUGAAGGUGCCUCUGGCCCUCUUUGCCCUGAACAGGCGACGCCUGUGUGAGCGCCUACAAAAGAACGCGGCUGUGCAGGCUGGCUCGGUGGUGGUACUGCAGGGUGGUGAGGAGAUGCAGCGCUAUUGCACUGACACCUCAGUCAUCUUCCGCCAGGAGUCCUUCUUCCACUGGGCAUUUGGUGUCCUUGAGUCAGGCUGCUACGGUACCAUUGAUGUCGAAUCUGGGAAGUCGAUCCUCUUUGUGCCCAGGCUUCCUGCCAGCUAUGCUACCUGGAUGGGAAAGAUCCAUUCCAAGGAGCACUUCAAGAACAAAUAUGCCGUGGAUGAUGUCCAGUAUACAGAUGAGAUCGCCAGCGUCCUGACAUCACAGAACCCCUCUGUCCUCCUCACCUUGCGUGGUGUGAACACGGACAGUGGCAGUGUUUGCAGGGAGGCCUCCUUCGAGGGCAUCAGCAAGUUCAACGUCAACAACACCAUUCUUCACCCAGAGAUCGUGGAAUGCCGAGUGUUCAAGACAGACAUGGAGCUGGAGGUUUUGCGCUACACCAAUCGUAUCUCCAGUGAGGCCCACAGGGAGGUAAUGAAGGCUGUAAAAGUGGGAAUGAAAGAAUAUGAGAUGGAAAGCCUGUUCCAGCACUAUUGCUACUCUCGGGGCGGCAUGCGCCAUAAUUCCUACACCUGCAUCUGCUGCAGCGGUGAGAAUGCAGCUGUACUGCACUAUGGACAUGCUGGGGCCCCCAACGAUCAAAUGAUCCAGGAUGGAGACAUGUGCUUGUUUGACAUGGGUGGUGAGUAUUAUUGCUUCGCCUCGGACAUCACCUGCUCCUUUCCUGCCAACGGCAAGUUCACUGAGGACCAAAAGGCCAUCUACGAGGCGGUACUGCGGAGCUGCCGUGCUGUCAUGAGUGCUAUGAAGCCAGGUGUCUGGUGGCCUGACAUGCACCGCCUGGCCGACCGCAUCCACUUGGAGGAGCUGACCCACAUUGGCAUCCUGAGUGGCAGCCUGGAUGCCAUGGUCCAGGCCCACAUGGGAGCCGUGUUCAUGCCUCAUGGGCUCGGCCACUUCCUGGGCCUUGAUGUGCACGACGUGGGGGGCUACCCUCAGGGUGUGGAGCGCAUUGAUGAGCCGGGUCUGCGGAGCCUGCGCACCGCCAGGCAGCUGGAGCCAGGCAUGGUGCUCACCGUGGAGCCGGGCAUCUACUUCAUCGACCACCUUCUGGACGAGGCCCUGGCUAACCAGGCCCAAGCCUGCUUCUUUAACCUCGAGGUUCUGCAGCGCUUUCGCAGUUUUGGUGGGGUCCGUAUUGAGGAGGACGUCGUGGUGACGGACAGUGGCAUGGAGCUGCUGACCUGCGUGCCCCGCACCGUGGAGGAAAUUGAAGCGUGCAUGGCAGGAAGUGACAAGGCCUUUACGCCCUUCUCUGGCCCAAAGUAGAGCCCACCAGGAUGCCCAGCCAGACCAGGGCCUGGUCUUGCACCUUCUCUAUCAUUCAGCCUGUUGAUUGGCCCUCCAGUGGUGAGACAGGAUACUCAGAAACCAGAUCUUG